UUUCCAUCCUUCAGUGUUAAGCAUCCUUUUCUCUCGAGAUUGCGUGGCAGCAAAACAGGUUCGCAACACCAGCUCGUUAGAUAUGCACGGGGGAGAUACACGUGUGAGGCGUUGAAUUUUCGCACGUGUCAAGUACAGUUAUCGAGAUUGUGACGAAAAUCCUGCACAUUACCGGUUACUCACCGCCAAAUUCUUGCCAAAGCAAAGCAAACCAAGUCUUCUUUAUGUGAUUAUUAUAUUAUUAGAUUAUAUUUGAUGCCAAUUUCUGCUAUGUGGCUCUCCUGCCUUUGGCUUUUCCUUCGUACGAUCCAAGUGGCAUAUAUAGAUAUAGCCAAAAUUCUUCUUUAUCGUGAUCAAGUGCCGUUGGACUACUAGAUUUUAAAGAUAAGGAAAUUAAAGCUGAUAAUAAUCGAAGAACAAUUGUGAAAAGAAAAAAAAAAAAGAUUUCAAUCUAACUCUCAAGAUCCUGGAGGUCAAUAUAUACAAUAUUUUCGCCUUUAAGAAAUGAAAAUUUGCUUUUCUUGUCAUAAAAAUGGAAAACAAGAGGACCUAACAUUUAAUAGCAUCAAGAAAACGGACUUCAGCAUCAUCCUAAGAAAAAGGAACAUUUAAUUGAACAGAAUAAUAAUAAUAUUGUAAAAGUGAAGGCAAAUAUCCACAUCCAUGAAUGAUCAUAUCAAACAUCUAUUCAACAAGGUCUUCUUAGGGUGGAAAUAUUAAUGCAUUAAGACUUACCCUCAUUUACUUUUACUACAGCUAAGCCGCCUGAGGGAAACUAAGAGAAGAAAUGCAACCAUCACCACCACAAUUACCUUACUACUUCUCAUUGACUGCAACUACAGAGAAUUUUGAUGAAAAGUUCCGAAUUCAAGGAUUUCAGCCAAUUUGUUGAGCCAAAAUACUUAUCAAAACACGUGUGAACUGACAUACCCUUCCACUUAUAAAACAAAACCCAGUUCAUAUUUUCCUGUGAAAGAAGCAAUGAACUUUCCAAGAUUAGGAAAGAGAAAGACCCUCACCAUCUAGAGUUGGACAAAAAAAAAGAAAACAUAAAUUUAUAAAGAGAAGUCUCACCUCUCAUGCACAGCCGAUUUAUUGGUAACUUUCACCAAACAUUUCCACCAAUUGCCCCUCAUUAGAAUACGCGUCUGCCGCUCUAGUCUCUUGCCUUCUGGCGCUUUCUUCAAAUAUUACUCCAUUUCUCUCGUCCUUUUUUUCUAAUGCUUGGAGGAGAUUCUUUCUUGAACAACCCAUUUGAUUUUGAAGCCCACUAUUUUCAUAUCCACUUGAGUGCUUUAUAUCUGUAACCCAAACUUCAGACCCUUUUUUCCGUCCUUUUCAACCUAUUCCAUUUCUCCAAAACUAUCAAAACUUCCUUUUUAUUUUAUUUUUUUAUCAUAGAUUUGCAAAUGCAGGCAAGUCCGCUUCUCUCGCUAUCCCCAAGCUCUCCAACCUUCAACACCUGCUCUUCAGGCAGGCUUGCUGAAAUUGCUGCAAGAGUUAUUGAAGAAUUCAGACAAGAAUCUGGUUCUCAAGACGACAUCUACGAAGCUUGGCCCCAACAAAAACAACAUCAACAACUACAACAAGAAGUCAUGGAAGGGGAAGACAAUGAAGACGAUGAUUUCGAGUUUGCAUUUGUCUGCAGAGAGCCAGAGACAUCUCCAAAAUCAGCGGACGAAAUCUUUUACAACGGACAAAUCAGGCCAAUCUAUCCACUUUUCAACACGAACUUGCUCAACGAUGAUCAAACUCCUGAUGUGAAAAACGUUGACUGUAAUUCCUUUGCAUCGAAACCACGAUCCCAUCGUUUACCGUUGAGAGAACUUAUGAGUGAAGAACGUGAAACGACUUCAUGUUCAUCCUCAGAAGCUGGUGAACUCGAUGGGGUAACGCCAGGGACUUACUGCGUCUGGACACCAAAGGGAGGGAAAUCAGAGAAUAUUGAAAAAGAAUACCCGGGAAGAUGCAAGAAGAGCAAUUCAACUGGGUUACCAAAGAGAUGGAGGCUAAGGGACCUAGUUUAUAGAAGUAACAGCGAUGGUAAAGACACGUUUGUUUUCUUAGCACCAAGCAAGAGAGACAAAACUAGUAACGCCGAUGUCAAUAAGGUCAUGGAAUUUCCAGGAAAGUUUAAGGAAGCUGAAGAACAUUGUGGUAGGAACAGAGAUAUGAAACCAUGGGACAAAAGAAGGUCAUUUUUGCCUUACAGGCAGGACUUGGAGGGCAUAUUUUCUAAUGUCAAUGGCUUGAGCAGGAAUUUGCAUCCAUUUUGAAAAUAUAAAUAUUACUGUGUGAGAGCAAAUGAAAGGUGGACUGCUGAUUUUCCUUUCUGUUCCCUUUUUUCUUUAAUUUCUCUUUUUCUUUUUGUUUUUUGUGUUUGAUUUUUUUUCAGAAAGUGAAUACGAUUAGUUUGAUUAAAAUGGGUUUCCAUCUGUUGUGUAAAUUAAUAAAUACAGUGAUUGGAUAAUGAUUCACUCUUUUCAAGUGGUUCUGUUCAUCUUCUUCUGUAUUAAAGCUGUGGCUAUUCCACCACCAUCAUAUGAGAAAGAGCAAAAGCUUGUUUACUUCUUACAUGUAUCUUAAUAAGUGUGAAAUUGAACAUUUUGGGUUUGGAAAAUUUUGUAAAGGUCUCACAAAUGUGAAUGUGAAAGGCCGUUGAGAAUUGAAUUGAAU